GACGCCAUGUUGGCGAGAGGGUGCUCACGGCGUCGUCAAUCGAUGUUGGCGCAGCAGGGUUACCACCGUCAACGACGCUGCAGCAGAUCCGCUCAACCCCGCCGCCACGGCCUGGUGGGCUGCCGCAGCACAGCAGGGGGGCAUGGGCAGCAGCGGCCGUGCUGCGCGGCGGGCUGGCCCUAGCCGUCGUCGCCGCCGCCUGCGGGUCUGAGCGCCCAUGGAGGGCAAGGAGCCGCCGCCGCCAGACGACAGCUGCAAGGAGCCCGUGCUGGCCAAGAUGGAGGCGCUCGUGCGAGAGAUGCAGCACCCGGACACCGGCGUGCCCGUGCGGAGCCAGAAGCUCUUCCUCACCUCCAUACCCAGCGCGUUCCUCGGCUAUGACGUUGUCGAAUGGCUCACGGAUAACCUGGACAUUGAGGAUCAGAAUCCCGUGGCAGCCGAAGCCCUUCACUUGGCCAACUUGCUGUGCCAGUACGGCUACUUCUUUCCGGUCAGCGACAACGCCAAAACGUUCGCCAUCAGGGAUGACAGCACUCUGUACAGGUUCCAGACUCCUUACUUCUGGCCUUCCCGAUACCAGCCCGACAACACCGAUUACGCGAUCUACCUGUGUAAGCGGGCGCUCAAAAACAAGCCCAAGUACGCCCUCGAGGAGUAUGAACAGGAGGCCCUGCAGAGGCUCAAGAAGCUGCUUUACCACAAAUGGGAGUUCAUUUGCAUGCAAGCCCAAGAACAGGCGGCCUUGGCUAAAGAGCGGAAGAAAACGGACAAGCUGAUCUUACAAAGUCAAGAACGGGCCUACUGGAGGAUUCACCGGCCACCGCCUGGAUGCACGAGUUGCCUAGAGAAGAGCCCAGUGCCUAACAAGAGGGGCCCGCCGAAAAAGAAGACAAAAGACGACCUAAAACGAGAGAUCGAAAUUCUCAAGAGGAACCUUGCUCGGUCACGGACUAAAGUGUCACAGAUCCUCGCGAGGUGUGAGCAGUACCAGUGCUUCGAUAGCUUCAUCGUCCCGCCGUACCCCGGCAACCCUUGGAUCACGGACGACGCCACGCUAUGGGCCCUCGAGAGCAGCACGGCAGAGGUGCCCACGGAACGGCGCCUGCAGCGGUGGAACCUGUCUCUGGAGGAGCUCCUGGCGGACCCGAUGGGUGCUCACGAGUUCGAACAGUAUCUGCGGACCGAGUACAGCCACGAGAACAUACUCUUCUGGAAGGCCGUCCAGGACCUGCGACACGGAUCGCAGCAGGACAUGCCACGCAAGGUGGCCGCCAUCUACGAAGAGUUCCUGUGUCGGGGCUCCCCGUGCGAGGUGAACCUGGACAGCGAGACACUGGAGCGCACGCAGCAGGAGGUGCACGAGCGGCCCACCCGGUUCAGCCUGGACGCCGCGCAGCACCACGUGUUCGCCCUGAUGAAGAAGGACACGUACACGCGUUUCACGCGCUCCGAGCACUUCCGCCGACUGAUGGCCAAAGCGCAAGCGCUGCAGCAGGCACAGGGACAGAGAAAGAGAUUCUUCCACUUCGGCUCGAGCACCAAGAAGAAGACGUCCGUGUGCGGCCCUUUGGUCGGCACGCUACCGACAAACUUCGGCGGCGUCGCCGGCGUCACCGGCAACUCCCUUGUCAACGUGGGCGCCUCCACGAGCGCGGCGGGGGUCGCUGGCGUCUCGGGCGGCGCGGCGGGCGCCAUGAUGGUCUCCGGCAUCGUGGCCUCGGCGACCUCGCCGACGGCGACGAGGCCCUCGGGCCGCCCCCUGUCCGGGAGCACGGUGGACCUGCGCAACACCUCCGAGCGGCGCGACGACGUGUCCAGCGCCGUGGGGGGCGCUACGGGCGGCUUCAGCGGUCGCCACUCGCACUCCACCAGCGACCUGCACAAGCUGGAGGCCCCCUCGUCUUGCUCGCCGCACGGACACGUCGUGGCCAGGUUUUCGUGGGGCUCUCGAGAACCGAUGGACGAGGACGCAGAUUCGAGCACCCUCAAGGUUCCGCGCUGGAGUCAUCGAGCGAGCGAUCCAGAGGCCCUCUUGCCGCAGCUCGGCUUACACAUGGACAACUGGGAUCGUUCGUCGCUCCGCAAGGACGACAUCCAGGAAGCGACGACUCCGUCGUCGGCUGAGCCGUCGCCGACGACGACUCAGCCGUGAAAGAACGAACUCCAGCGAGGCCAGAGAAGGACAAGAAAAAAGAAAGAAAGCACGACAGAACAGCCGGAACUGUCUCUCGGAGAUAGUGUUGCUGUCCAUACGACGGGAGCCGAAAACGUCCUCGGGCAUUGAGACCGCUGUCUCCAUUCUUCGCUGCCACCGCUGUGUGCCGUAUCGUGUUCGUUUGGAACAGUGACGUCUCUCGAUACCGUUGUUCGACGAUGCUGGCACUGCGCUGACGCUGUUGGUGUUGACUUCACGAUGUUGAGGAGCGUGUGUGGCGAAGUGUCCCCGCGUCUCCUUACUGUGACAAACCGUUAUAGUGUCCUUGACUCUUUCUUUUUUUUUCAUUCCUGUUUGUUGCUUUAUAGGGUGCUUCAAUGUGGCUCUUCCUUUUUUGCGCUGCCGCGUGAUUGGGAGCGGUAGAUUUGUCCGCCUAACCAAAAAAAAAAGAUAGCAAGCGGCGAAAGAAAGUGCUUGAGUGAUAAAUUAUGUCAGGUACACUACGUGCAUAUAUAGAGAGUUCCCUGGUAGGUGAAUAUUUUUGGCUGGUCAUGGUUAGCAUACCGAGAAUAUGUUGAAACGUACCCGCAAAGGUUGAAAGGGACAAAAAAAACUUAAACUAAUUGUCACGAUAACGCUAUCGUUAAGCGGACGCAAGAUACAGCUGUGAAAUCUUUUGCUAGACAAAGAAGUCCACGGCUGGGAACUUGAGAUGGUUAACUUUGUUGAUCACAAAAGCGUUGUGACCACAUGGACGUUGUUGAAAAAGAAAAGCUGAUAGACGCCAAGUGCUAGAAUUUUGAUGGAAUUGAGGAAGGAUGGUUCCUGGCGCCUUGAUUUUGUGAAUUAGAGCUAAGGGAAGAAGCAUCACUUCUGUGAAGGAAAGCUUGAUCUGAUUGUUAGAAUAAUGCGAACACGACAAGAAGGAAACGAAACACUGCGACCUGAUGAGUACUCAAAGUUGUAGUAGAAGCACAGCUUCGUUGUGAUUUGGCGCUGGGCGCUUUCAGUGUAUACAAUUGUCUUUCGCUCGAUCGACGGCGGAUUCCCCAAGACCGUUUGCUUGGGCAGAGGUUAUCAGUUAAACGGUUUUAGAAGGAAAGGCAGUACAUCGAGAACUGUCUCCAGGUCACCAAUCCUGCUCAAGGUGGUCCGAGCCUUUUUUGUUCUUAUUUUCUUAUACGGUGGGUCCCACAUAGAUCUCGACGUUCAAUUUAACAUUUUCCGCUGUCUUUUUACAGUCCUUUUGUUGCGUUUUACACAAAAACUGUCUUUACGUACUGUCCCAGUUCAUCAGAUUUUUCGGGUGGGAGAAACUUUAUUGAGGCUACAAAACUGUAACGAAAUGUCCAUAAUAACAUAAUAUACGGGUUAAAAUAGUUCGUGCCAUCCGUUCGGGCCGCUAGCGCGCACAUAAAAAAAAAGAUUGCACUUUCUUCUGCGGUCACUGAUACCUAAAUGCCAAACCUCGCAAAGUUCCUUUAAAAGCUUUCGAGUCUUCCUGCCAGCAGAGAAUGGCAGCGUUUAUGGAGGGUGAUGGAGGAGUGGACUCUUUGUCAGAAGUUCUGGAGCCAGCUGCAAUGUAAUCUCAGGAGUAAACGCGGCCUGUUGCACUUCGCUAAGCCACGCUAAUAGGCCCUGCUCAGGGCGCAUGAUUCAAGGAGUGGGACAACCAUAAUGACCAAUCAGGAUCAUCAGUCUGUGUCACUGAUACAGAAAGAAGUGCCAAGAAGUCCUCGCUUAUGUGUUGGUUUUGCGGAGCGCUGUUCGUGCGGCAUGAACUCUAGGCUUUCUUUCAAAGCUUCGGGCACCUGCGCCUGCUAAUUUUACAGGCUGAGCGGCACGAAAGUCAUUUGAGGCAAAGUAUUUAGGAAAUUGUUAGAAUGUUAAUUGUUUACGCCGCCGUGACUUGCAGUGCAGCUGUUCGUUCGAAAGCUUAUGUGACCGAAUGCCCAUCACAAUUUACGUGCGAAAUGGAUCGCAAAGCACUGCAUAUUUCCUCCCACUGUGGUGCAACAGCAAAUGAAUGUCACACCGUUAAGCAUUUCCUUCGCUCGCAACUUGGAAGCAUUGCAAGUGCAGUACUUGAGGAGAUACAGAUAUCGAGGACAUGCAGAGACUGCCAUAUAAGAUUUCAAGCACAGAUAAAUGAUAUACAGCACAAUAAAUGAAAUACAAUUAGCCGCUUCUGACCCCUUGUGGUAGUAUUAGUGGAAACGGCGAGUUGGCUCGUGAACUUUUGGCAGAGAGCUCGCGAAUCCGUAGCGUUGCGUCUCAAAACUUCCAUCCUGCCAGUCGCUUCGGCGUGGACCCUGCAGAUCUGACCCGCGUACGCGGUCUUAGCAGGUCAAAGCUCCACGCCCGUCUAGAGCGCUCCAGCUCAGACUCAAGUAACGUCUUCGGACCUCGCAGACGUCUCUAUAUCGCCAUAAUAUAGAAAGUAUAAAAUAUAUGUUGGGCAGGUUUAGGCCACUCUCGCGUUGCGCACAGUGUCAGCCGUAGUGCAGUGUGUUCUUUUUUGCAGCGGGCUCGACAAAGAGGGGGGAGGGGCGCUUUGAAUGUUACGUGCGCAUGCGCGAGGCAGUUGUUCGUAUAGACAAGGCACGCUGUUUAACGACUCACACGAAACGUAGUUUCGUUUUACUCAAGGCCACGUCCAACAAUCAGUGUUCAGGGAAAUAACAAAGUCCGCCAACUUGGUCGCCGGAGUAACGAAGUGGGUCGCUUACAUGUAUAGGCGGUGGAGAGAAGAUCGUUUAGUAUUUGGCUAGCUGCUAGAAUUCGCAGGUUCCUGAGUGGUGUACAGUCUUUUGGAUCUUCGUGUACAGUAGGGGUCAAAAGUAAGCAUGCCGUGUCGGACCCUGAACCGGCGUCUCGAAGCCACAGCGCGUCAACCUUGACACUAUGGUGGCAAUCUCUGUAUUCCGUUGUCAAACUGUGGCUCUCCGAAGCUCUACAUAGCAAGAAAGUUAGCCUGUUGCUCUCUCGGCUUUCUGAAACUUCGGAAUCCCUCAAAGGCGCGUGAAGUUCAGGGAUAUUGCCUGGCGACUGCCACAGUCUGGCACGCACUGUCUUGAGAGUGAUCGACAAAGGCUGUGCAUAGCCAGGUGCGCUGCCUUUCUAUUGGAAAGCUAUAUUCGCGUAGGAAACACGCAUUCGAAAGCAGGUACAGGUGCGGACAAAAGUAGCUGGAGCAUGGGAACAGCGGCCAAACUACUCAUUCGAUCACGCUUACGCGCAGGCUCGCCCAAAUAGCCAGUUCACAUAGUUCAACCUGUUUUCUCAACCGUGGAUCGCAGCGUCAUUCGAAGCUUCUGCGGCUGUACACUCGCCAGUGGGACGGCGUUGAUAGCAUGACAGGGCAUAUAAUGAGGAGGGAAGAUAACCGGUGGUCAUUAAGGGUUACGUACUGGAUCCCAAGAGAAGGGAAGCGUAGCAGGGGGGCGGCAGAAAGUUAGGUUGAUGGAUGAGAUUAAGCAGUUUGCAGGGACAACAUGGCCACAAUUAGCACAUGACCGGGGUAGUUGGAGAAGUGUGGGAGAGGCCCUUGCUCUGCAGUGGGCGUAUCCAGGCUGAUGAUGAUGAAGAUGACACACACACCCUUGACACGGGCGAGGGAAGCAUAAGGAGCCUAAAUGUUUUAAGACAUGCAUGCAGGCUUUCGAGCGUAGCUUCGGGUGCUACCAGCACCAUCCCGCUAGGGAUUUUUCAGCCGAAGGAGCUGCAAACUACGCCCCGAUCCACGGUUGAAGAAACGUAUCCAGAGAUGAGAAAUGGCAAUCAGCGCCGGGCUGGCGUGCAUGCGUUAUCAGAUUUCAAGCUUCCCCCUCACGUUGCUAGAGGGCGCUGCGACGAAGUCCGGUUUAGUUCGACCACAGCUUCCGUGUUCCAAUCACUUCUGUGCUUACAUUUCAGUCAUCGGCUUUUUUUAUUUCUUUUCUUUUUUUGUGGAAACAGCGCAAGGUCAUGUUUUGCGCCCAUCAAUGCCUACACGAAGAAGAUCGCUUAUUUAGCCAUUUAGACCUCGCCGUAAGCGGGUGUUACUCGCGAUGUUAACCCCCCGAUGGCAUCUCGGCACGAUUCUUAAAGUCUCGCACUUACAUGUCGAGAAGUGCAAUCGAAUGGCGCUCGCUUAACUCGCCACCGAAAAAAAAAACUAUAGGUCCCAUCUAGUUGAGAACGUUGAGGCACCCUUCUUAGGCUGAUGACCUUGUGUCCAGACGAGAUAAACAAAAUACAAGGAAGGAAACAGUAUGAGAGGUCAUGUGAUAUUUUCUAGGUACUCUAGGAUUGUAGCAGUUGAAAAUUGCUUAACCGCGGAUGGGUGUAACGUUUUUUUUCCGCAACACACGCACACACACACACACGAACAUAGACACGUACAAACACAGAUAGACAGGCACGGAACAGACGAGGACGCUGUAUAGAUCGUCGCGCAGUUUCGCGUUGAAGUCGUCGUUCAACUCUUGCCGUGACUCGGCAAAAUCUCGGGUUAACCGAAGCAGACGAAGCUUUGCGAAUACUGCGUGUGUUAAAAAUAUGUCGCCGGUGUCUAUUUUUUUGUUUUAUUAUAAAUGGAGUGUGUUUCAGAGAAAUAUAGGGAGAUGUUUAUUCUUGCUUCGUGGGUUAGAGGGGCAGGGUGCGAGCGAUGUGAUAUUGAGAGCCGUGACGGAAAAUGUCCCGCGUUGUUGUGUUUUCUUGCCUUCAACACGCUGACGGGCGCCCCGUGAGAACUCUUGUGCCGGCACGCUUAAAUUUCAAGUUUUCGUCUUCGGAUGACGUCAAGGGACUUCAGCUUAAGAAUUAUUUUCCUCCAGCGCAAACUUCUGCUAGGUCUCAACGCGACGUUCUUCCAAACGAUAUGUUAAAGGGACAUUAAUGUGACAGAAUAUUCUGAGCUGAAUUAGUAAACUACCGUCCCACAAUAAAAAAAUAAAGGAAGAGCCUACUCUUACCGUUUGAGGAAGCUUGAUGAGCUAGAAUACGCGCAAGUGAAGAACAGGUGGCGACCCCACCGCGAAAUUUCCGCAUCAGCUUCCCAUGACGUCAUCGAUUUUAGCGCGUCUACUCGAGCCUAGUUUAUUUGCUAUAGCUAGAUAUACACUGGCAUUCUUUUCUAAAAGAACCAAGGACUGAACUGAGCAAGCUUCAACAACUUUCAUUGAGCCGAUAGAGUGCAGCUACAAAAGAAAUAUUUAUUCUUUGAUAUUUGUGACGUCACACUGAAGUAGCGGCGCUGGUGUUCGGGGUACGAAGUAAAAAAAUAUGAGACAUUUACCGUCACUUUUUUUUUUCUCGUGAUAGGAUACCUUGUGCCGCGAACUUAACAAAUGAAUUAGUUUUGAAAGAUUAUACUUUAUUCGAGUAAAUUGAUUUAGUGUUUCUCGUUAGCUUUCAUUUAAGAAUCCGCGAAAAUGCACACAGCGUGACGAAAGUCUGUUAUUUGCGUUGUUCCUUUCUCUGUUUUAUAUUUUCACGUAGAAACGAAGUUCCAAAGCAUACCUUGGUUCCCUAAGCAACGUUGGCUCUUUCAUUCGCAGUGCCGUGACGAACUCUUUAUACAGACCCGUAUACGUUUAAAGGCAGCUCCAACUUAGUAUUCAAACAAACGUAACCUGGAAGUGUCGUCAAUUUCAUGCACACAAGAAAAGAAGUGCUCGAUGCGGCACGCUAACUAGAUCACCAGUGGCAAAAAAACAAAACAAAACAAAGAUUAUAGUUGAUGCCUUCGUGUCAGAAACGAGCUGUAAUAACUACAGAAAUGCUAGUUUGGUGUCGUCUUUAACACUAGACUGUACUGUACAGCUCUCUUCAUGCUUUUACUGCUUCAUACUUAGCAGGCAACACUACAAAGAAAAGAGAGAGACUUCUCUCACUGCUCGGGGCAUCCGCGACCAUUUACCGCCGAUACAGCGGAGGGACACGUUCCCGGCGACCAGUGGCCGUGCCACACCAGUUGCGCUUGCGAUUGAAAACGUAGUGCAUCGCAUAUUGGAAGCGCAAAGUUGCGCAAAUAAAAACGUGAUUUGGCGUAACCUUAUGUGCGCAAGCUGUAGUCGAUGAAUAAGUGGUGGCCACUGAACCGAGUCGAGGUGAAAAAAAGGACCCAGAGACGUUUCGGAGCACGCACGUGUUUCUUGGUCACAUAAAUGAAAUUAAGCGUUACUAAGGUAUCCGUAAUGUUAAGUGUGACCAAGGAACUGGUUCGGGCACCGAAGUGUCGCUUCUGUUGUUCACUCUGACUUGGCCUGUGAUCGCAACUUCUUCAUCAUCAUGUUGUUACCUUACCAGACACAUCUGCAUCGAAGCCUUGAUUACAAGCUGUAUUUGUAAUAUAUGAAGCAUCUAAACGGUAGAGGGCGUCGCAGGUAAAAAUAACAAGAAGAAAACAACAGCACUGCUAAACUCGCGGAGUAAGCCUACUACAACCGUAUUACUGGUCUAGCUUCCGUAGCGUUUCCUGCUAAGUAUGAAGCAGAGUAUACACUAUGAAACUUCUGAUUAGUCUCUUUGCCUUGGUGACCGAAGGUUAUUUCACUGCUGAUGUGAAUCAUUCUUUUUUUUUUGCCUCUGUUAGGCCAAACAUUGUUAGUGAAAACAGAGACAGACUCGUGUGACUGAAGAACAGAUAAAGUAGAGAGGUGUGGAUGUCGAUAGCUGUCGAAGUCUCGGGACAAGUGGCCGCAUGCCGUAAUGCCUUUGGAGUUUGUUGAAUAAUUAUAGUAUAUUAAGAAAAGAAAAGACAACGUUUCGCGGAAGUGAUUCCAAUUUUUUUUUCUUUCCAUGGCGCCCGUCUCAUCCAAGUUCAGCUUUGGGGCUUCCCUUUUUUGCCUUUUUUGUUUCUCGCCUGUAUAGUGCUAACGAUUCGUGCGAGUAAAAAAAAGAAGAAGAACAUUUACAUCGUCGGUUAACCACGUGGAAGUUGAAGCCGAAGACAACAUUAAAGAUGAAGACAAAAGUGGAAGGUAGAAACAAGGAUUAAAAAAAAAAAAGGAAAGCACUCACACCGAGCGUGCAAGUGUUGUGCGCGCGCCCCGAAGCCCGCGUUUUUACCUCUUUAUCUUUUUUUGCCGUUCAUUCUUCCACCAUAGGUGUGUGAACGCAGGACUUUCGCCAGAUGGUGUACCAAACUUAUAGGAGUAUAUUAAAAUUUCUUUCUCCACCGUGGA